UGUCACUGGGAGCAGCUGGGGGCUGGCAGGAUCUGCAGCAUCUGCCCCGGGACUCCAGGCCUGGCAUGGUUCAGGGGGCCAUGGGGAACUGUGCCAAGCGGCCCCGGCGCCAGGGGCCUAAGGACGCCUGGCAGUGGCCUGGCUCCACUCUGGGGGGCUGCCGCCCCCGCCCCCGCCCCAACCCUGGCCCUGAGGAGCAGGGGGGUGUCCAGGGCUACUCGGUGCUCGGCAGCCUGGUGGGGCCGGCCUGCAUCUUCCUACGGCCCAGCAUCGCAGCCACCCAACUUGACCGGGAGCUGCGACCUGAGGAGAUCGAAGAGCUGCAGGUCGCCUUCCAGGAGUUUGACCGAGACCGGGAUGGCUACAUCGGCUACCGGGAGCUGGGUUCCUGCAUGAGGACCCUGGGUUACAUGCCCACAGAGAUGGAGCUCAUCGAGAUCUCACAGCAAAUCAGUGGCGGGAAGGUGGACUUCGAAGAUUUUGUAGAGUUGAUGGGUCCCAAGCUGCUAGCAGAGACCGCAGACAUGAUUGGCGUCCGGGAGCUGCGGGAUGCCUUCCGGGAGUUUGACACCAACGGGGACGGCUGCAUCAGCUUGGGAGAGCUCAGGGCGGCCCUCAGGGCUCUGCUGGGGGAGCGCCUCAGCCAGCGCGAGGUGGAUGAGAUCCUCCAGGACAUCGACCUCAACGGAGAUGGCCUGGUUGACUUUGAAGAGUUUGUUCGAAUGAUGUCUCGCUGA